AUAGGUGACAGUGACUGCCAACUGGCACGCGAGGUCAGCCAUCGCCACAUUCCUCCAGUAUAUGGUGUCCAGCAAUCUGUUUGUAUUGAUGGCCAAUGAGUCGUGGGUCGCAGACAUCACUCAAAUGAUUUUGGAUCUGUUGAGUGAUGAGCGCAACGAAGUCCGCGAGUCGACAGCCGAGACACUCAGCGGUCUAUUGCACUGCGAGUUCGUGAAGAUUGACCGCAAACUGAUCCGACACUUCGAGACAAAGUCUAACCACACACUCAAUAAAGUGCGUCAAACGAACGGCGCUGUCAUUGUAGACACCAAAGACUUGACGGUCAGACACGCCGGCAUACUAGGCCUGUGCGCCUGUAUUAACGCCUUUCCCUACGACGUGCCCGACUUUAUGCCCGAAAUACUGGUGUUUCUGUCGCAACAUCUCAACGAUCCACAGCCUAUCCCAACUGCAAUCAAGAAGACAUUGUCUAACUUCCGGCGCACUCACAACGACUGCUGGAGAGACCAUAAGCUGAGGUUCAGCGACGACCAGUUGGCGGUCAUCACCGAC